GCGGCGAUGUUUUUCUCGCCCGUCGCCACGCCAUGGCGCCCGUUAGCCCGCUGACCGAGGAAGGGACGUCUCAGCUCGUCUGAUCCGCUCCAGACAGAACCGGGCCCUCUGCGCCGCCCCGCUUCUAACCGUGUUUUAAUUCCACCCCGGAUCGGCCAUGACCGUCGAGCAGAAUGUCCUCCAGCAGCAUUCUCAGAAGCACCAGCAGACUCUAUUAAACCAGCUGAGGGAGAUUACAGGCACUACAGACGUCCAGCUGCUUCAGCAAGCCCUGCAGGUGAGCAAUGGAGAUCUGGCGGAGGCAGUGGCUUUCCUGACAGAGAAGAAUGCCAAGGUUCCUCAGCAAGACGAGGCCACCUACUACCAGACCUCCCAGGUGGCAAAUGACAGAUACAUCAGUGUGGGUAGCCAGGCAGACACAAAUGUGAUUGACCUGACUGGCGAUGACAAGGAUGAUCUGCAGAGGGCCAUUGCCCUCAGCCUGGAGGAGUCCAAUCGGGCCUUCAGGGAGACAGGCAUCACCGAUGAGGAGCAAGCGAUUAGCAGAGUACUGGAAGCCAGCAUAGCGGAGAACAAGGCAAGCUUGAAGCGCACUCACACAGAAGUAUGGAGUGACUCGCCUAACCCUCACGACAGGAAGAGGAUGGACAACUGUCCUGUGGGGCUGAAGAAUGUUGGCAAUACCUGCUGGUUCAGUGCUGUCAUUCAGUCUCUGUUCAACCUCCUGGAGUUUCAGAGGCUGGUUCUCCACUACUCUCCCCCAGCCAGGGUUCAGGACCUGCCACGCAACCAGAAGGAACACAGGAACCUGCCCUUCAUGCAGGAGCUGAGACACCUCUUCUCCCUCAUGGUGGGCUCUAAGAGAAAGUAUGUCGACCCGUCUCGUGCCGUGGACAUCCUUAAAGAUGCCUUCAAGUCCAGCGAGUCACAGCAGCAGGAUGUGAGUGAGUUCACCCACAAGCUGCUGGACUGGCUGGAGGAUGCCUUCCAGAUGAAGGCUGAGGAGGACAGGGAAGGUGAAAAGCCAAAGAACCCCAUGGUGGAACUUUUCUACGGCCGCUUCCUGGCGGUGGGUGUUUUGGAAGGUAAAAAAUUUGAGAACACAGAGAUGUUUGGGCAAUACCCCCUGCAGGUGAAUGGCUUCAAGGACCUCCAUGAGUGUCUGGAAGCAGCGAUGAUUGAGGGUGAAAUUGAGUCCCUGCACUCAGCAGAAAACUCUGCCAGGUCCGGACAGGAGCACUGGUUUACUGAACUCCCUCCUGUGUUGACCUUUGAACUGUCCAGAUUUGAGUUCAACCAAGCACUGGGACGCCCCGAGAAAAUUCACAACAAGCUUGAGUUCCCCUCUAUGCUCUACAUGGACAGAUAUAUGGACAAGAACAGGGACAUCACCAGAAUCAAGCGGGAGGAGAUCAGGAGACUGAAAGAGCAUCUGACGCUGCUCCAACAGCGACUGGAGAGGUAUCUGAGUUAUGGCUCAGGCCCCAAGAGGUUCCCUCUGGCAGACGUCCUCCAGUAUGCCAUGGAGUUUGCCUCCAGUAAGCCCGUGUGCACCUCGCCUGUGGAGGAUAUUGACACAUCAGUGCCCCCCGGUGGUGCAACAGGACAACAGCUGCCCCCACCAAGUACAGCAGAGCAGAGCUCCUUGGGUCCCCUGGAGGCCUUGCCGCUGCCCCAAGGCUCCACCACAGCCUCUGCAUCCCAGCAACAGAGAGUACCCAUUCAUAAGCCCUUCACUCAGUCCCGACUGCCCCCCGACCUGCCCAUGCACCCUGCUCCCCGUCAUAUCACGGAAGAGGAGCUGAGGGUCCUCGAGGGUUGCCUGCAUCGUUGGAGGAGCGAGGUGGAGAAUGACACCCGUGAUCUGCAGGGCAGUAUAUCCAGAAUCCACAGGACCAUUGAGCUGAUGUACUCUGACAAGUCCAUGAUGCAGGUUCCAUACCGGCUACAUGCAGUGCUGGUCCACGAGGGCCAGGCAAAUGCCGGCCACUACUGGGCCUACAUAUAUGACCCACACCAGCGGCGUUGGAUGAAGUACAAUGACAUCUCUGUCACCAAAUCAUCAUGGGAGGAGCUGGUCAGGGACUCAUUUGGAGGCUAUCGCAAUGCCAGCGCCUAUUGUCUCAUGUAUAUUAAUGACAAGAAGCCUUUUCUCAUAGAAGAGGAAUUUGACAAAGAGACAGGUCAGAUGCUGAGUGGCUUGGACAAACUGCCUCCCGACCUGAAGCACUAUGUGAAGGAGGACAACGAGUUGUUCAUCAAGGAGAUUGAGGAGUGGAACGCCUUGCAAGCCCGCAAGGCCCAACAGGAGAAGCUUGCUCUGGCUGCAGCAGCUGCGGCAGCGGCAGCAGCAGCAGCAUCCAAUACCUCCACCUCCUCCUCCUCCCCUCAGCCCAUGAGCAUCGAGUCCAGUCCUCCCGACAACACAGUGCCCCAACAGGACCCGGAGUACAUGGAGCAGCCGUCGCCUACCAACGACUCCAAGCACCUCCAAGAGGACAUGGAGAGGGCUAUCUCCAAAGCUGCUGCCGAGCAGGAGGAGAGGAGCCCCGAGGCACUACUGAACGCUUCCUCUCGCCCUCCUCCUUCCCCUCAGCCUGAGGUCCAGGUGCAUGCCCCCUGUGCUCCUCUUCCUGACCCCGGCACAGAAGACGAGUCCCCCGCCCAGCGCACAGUAGAGGUGGCCAUCCCUCACGUGGGAACCUUUGUCAUUGAGUCAGAGGAAGGGGGGUAUGAUGAUGAGGCAAUGAUGACCCCAAACAUGCAGAGUAUUAUUAUGGCCAUUGGCAAAUCCAGCAGUGUGUAUGAAAAGAGCGGGCCUGAGGCAGCCUUCUUUAAGGCUAUAAAGUUGGAGUACGCCCGUCUCGUGAGGUUCGCCCAGGAGGACACACCACCAGAGAACGACUACCGGCUGCAGCAUGUCAUCGUCUACUUUAUCCACAACCAGGCGCCCAAGAAGAUUCUUGAGAGGACCCUGCUCACACAGUUUGCUGACAGGAACCUAGCCUUCGAUGAGAGAUGUAAGAGCAUUAUGAAUGUAGCACGUGCCAAACUGGACCUAAUCAAGCCAGAGGAGGUCAACAUGGAUGAAUAUGAGAUGUGGCAUCAAGACUACAGGAAUUUCCGCGAGACAACAAUCUUUCUGAUGAUUGGUUUGGAGCUGUACCAGAAGACAAAUUACGUGGAGGCUCUGAUGUACCUGGUCUACUCGUACCAUUACAACAGGGAGCUCCUGGCCAAGGGCCCGUACAGAGGUCACGACGAACGGCUUCUCGGCCAUUGCCGCAGAGAAUGUUUACUGAAACUAAAUGAGCAAGCAGCGGCCAUGUUUGAGUCUGGGGAGGAGCCAGAGGUGACCACUGGGCUGGGCAUCAUGAAUGAGCUGGUGGUACCCUGCCUCCCUCUGCUGCUGGUCCACGACACUGAGAAAGACCUGCUGGCUGUAGAGGACAUGAGGAACCGCUGGUGCUCCUACCUGGGCCAGGAGAUGGAAUCCAACCUCCAGGAGAAGCUCACAGACUUCCUCCCAAAGUUACUGGACUGUUCAACCGAGAUCAAAAGCUUCCACGACCCUCCCAAGCUCCCCACCUACUCCACCCUGGAGCUGUGCGAACGCUUCGGCCGCAUCAUGGUUGCCCUCGGCAGGGUUCCUUCUGACGGCAGAUGAGCUCGGAGGGGCAGCAAGCCCCCCCCCCCCCGACCCCCACCCCGCCUCACCCCACCCCGUGUCACAAACCCAACCCUGGACACCAAACCCGUGGACCUCUCUCUUAACCCAUGCCUUCCUUCUAAACCAGGGGUCACUCGCUAUUGGCUGUUAUUCCUCUGUUUCUCUUUUGCUGCUAUAGGUUUUAUCAUUAUAAAUAUUGUAUCAAUUUUAUUUGAAGAAAAACGCAACAGAGGAACGAGGAGGACCGUCUGUGGAAUAAAGAGACACGAGCAAGGAGAAACAUAUAUAUUACAAUAACAACGAAGCAAUCCUGCAGUGAUUGAAAGCCAAGCACAUUCUGCUUCAGUGUUGCUAAGACGAGGUUGAGGGUUUUUUUUUCUUUUUUCUUUUUUUUUUGUAGUUUUGUAUUGUUGCUGUUUAAGUUUAUGCUCCCACAUAGCCCUUUCUUAAGCACCCUUCUCCAUGUGAAAAGGAUCACCCUGCUGCUCUGCCACCAGUUUGGUACAGUAUUAUCACUUUAUUUUGUUUUAUUUUUCUAAGGAAGUUAACGAAAUUAGAGCCUCGGUAUUCGUCAGUGGCUUUAAGUAUCCGGAUUGGGUCUCAUGUCUUCGUGGACGACGCAAGGACGAGACGUUUUAAGUGCUGUGGUAGACGGCCAUGGACACACUAUGGCUUGUUAAUAACGCGAGAGAAUAAAAUCUAUUUAUGGCCCUUUUAGGUCAAAUAA